AUGGAAUUCAAUCUUCAGGUCGACCUCAAGCGUCAUCAUUCGCUUUGCUUCGGGAGUCUGGAUAUUGUGGCUCUUGACCUUCAUCGCACACGGGAGCCAGCGCCCGGUCUCUCGCAAGGUUGUGAGUCUGGCGAUGUUGAGCGGAUUGGGACGAUCCUGAGGGAGGUUGCCCGCGAAAGCGCGUGCGCCAACAGGGAUUUGAUAAUCGAGGGACUUGACAGCUGCCUCUUCGAUGCCAUCGCGAGCUCUCACAGGCCCAUGGUGCCGGUGUUGUUUCGAUACCGGACCGCUCUCCGCAAUUCAUCUUUCACCAUUGGAUUGAAGUUGCAGGAUUUUAGCAUUUGGGACGACUUUUUCUAUCACGACCACCUUGACAUGAACACGUACGAGUUGCUCUGGCGAACCUUACGGGUCGACGUGAAGAGCCCAGUACUAGUCAAAUGGCUCCUCGAGCUCGGCGCAACGCCAGACCGCCCCAACGACCGCGGGCUCACCCCGCUCGGCACAUGCGCCAUCCGCGAGCUCUCGCCUGAGAUCGAGCAGACAAUAGACCAUCUCCUCAGAUGUGGUGCCGACAUCCGCAAGGAGAAAAGCAUCCUGCAUAUGGCCAUCCGCCCGACGGCCUCAGGCGGCGUGGCAAUGCUGAAGCAUCUUCUAUCCCGAGGCGCCGACCCGUCCUACAAAGACCCGGACACCGGUACGCCGCUUCACUACGCCGCGUCUCUGGGCAAGAUGGAGGAAGCCAAAGUGCUCGCAGCAACAGAGGGGGUGAAUUUGGGUCCUUUGGGACGUGGUUAUGGCCAUUCCGAGAUCCUGGGUUGCAUCGAGGCAACCUACGAGUGGCCGCUGCCUCCGUCUACUCUUUACACGAUGGGAUGCCAGGGAGACCGCCGUAGUGGAGCCGAGCUCCGAGUCCGAGUCUAUAUGGUUGUCUUAGAGACAAGGGUGUACUAUUUAGAGAGCCGGUCUUGCCUUGAUCUCGUUCAUGCUCCUGAGGUCUGGCGUCAAGCGUUCUUUUCAAGCUACCAUACUUCAACGAAAAUGAAGUCAGGCAUUCUCGCAGUACUAGCGGCUGUCGCUGUCAAGCAGUCAGCUGCUCAUGCCAUCUUCCAGCAGCUCUGGGUUGACGGCCACGGUGGUCAAUGCGGAAGAAUCCCGUCCUCGAAUAGCCCCGUCACGGAUGUCUCCUCCAAAGACAUCGUAUGCAACACCGGCCUCAGUUCGGCUGUUGGGAAAUGUGCCGUUAAGGCCGGCUCGACGGUGACAGUGGAGAUGCACCAGCACGCGGACCGCAGCUGCACCGAGGAAGCCAUCGGCGGCGCGCACUACGGCCCCGUCAGCGUCUACCUGUCCAAGGUCUCCGACGCGGCCUCGGCCGACCCCUCAGCCGGCGGCUGGUUCAAGAUCUUUGAGGACGGCUGGGCCAAGAACCCGUCCGGCGCCAGCGGCGACGACGACCGCUGGGGCACAAAGGACCUCAACACCUGCUGCGGCCGCAUGGACGUCAAGAUCCCGACCGACCUCGCCAACGGCGACUACCUCCUGCGCGCCGAGGCGCUGGCCCUCCACUCGGCCAUGUCCUCCGGCGGCGCCCAGUUCUACAUGACGUGCUUCCAGCUCACCGUCUCGGGCGGCUCCGGGUCCGCCUCCCCCGCGACGGUCAAGUUCCCCGGGGCGUACAGCGCGAGCGACCCGGGCAUCCUGAUCAACAUCCACGCCCCUCUCUCCAGCUACAAGGUCCCUGGCCCCGCUGUGUAUUCUGGCGGCUCUACCAAGACGGCCGGCUCGGCCUGCACGGGAUGUGAGAGCACGUGCAAGUCGGGUUCUGGACCUUCGGGGACCGUCAACCCCAGCCAGCCGACAUCUCCCGGUGGCGGCGGCGGUGGUUGCACUGUGGCUAAGUUCCAGCAAUGUGGCGGGACGGGCUACACCGGUUGCACGACCUGUGCCUCUGGAUCAACAUGCAGUGCGGUUUCCCCGCCGUACUACUAUCAAUGUGUGUAG